AUGAAUCCACAUUACAGCCGCGGAGCGUCCUCCUAUGGCGUCCAAGCCCCUCCAGUUACCUACUCUCAGGAGCUUCUGCUUAGCCAUUUAACCAAGAGCAGCGCGGCGAGUCAGCAGGACGUGAGCAAAGGAACUUCAACUGGCCGCGCGAUGCUGGCGGACUUGACCAAUAAUGGGCAAGCUUUGCAGCGGUCGGGUGCAGUGACGGGUGACCGGAAAACUUUGUCGCACGUCAGCGGUCAGUCGGCGUCGUUCGGCCAGGCACUUAAGGUGCAGCACGGGUUUGUGCCACCAUCUAUUCCUCACGGAGCUUUCUCGGACCCGCGCAUCAUUGACAGCGUACGCCAAUCAGGUGACCACGACAGGAAGAAGACGUGGAUUGACGUAGACGCCCUAAAUCAUGAUGACCCACAAGCCGUCAGCCACUACGCGUCUUCUAUAUUCGAGUACCUUCGGGAAGCUGAGCUUCUACGGCGGCCCAUACCUGAUUACAUCGAUUCGCAGCCGGAAAUCAACGCCAAAAUGCGCUCCAUUCUUGUCGACUGGCUCGUUGAGGUGUCAGAAGAGUACCGCAUGGUUCCAGAUACACUAUACUACUCAGUGAACUUUUUGGACCGCGUCCUCAGCGUGCAGCGUGUGUCGCGUUCCCAACUUCAGCUCGUGGGAAUUACGUGCAUGUGGAUUGCAGCAAAGUACGAGGAGAUCUACCCACCCAAUGUUGGGGAGUUCUCAUACAUCACGGACAAUACGUAUAGCCGCGAGCAGCUGGUGGCCAUGGAGGAGGAGAUCCUGAAGAAGCUGAAGUACGAGCUCACGGUGCCUACCGCCAAGACCUUCCUCCGCCGGCUUCUUCAGGUCUGCAACCCUGACGACCAGCUGCACUUCGUGUCAAAUUAUCUUACGGAGAUUUCGUUGAUGGAGGCGUCCAUGCUGAACUUCCUACCAAGUGAAAUUGCUGCGGCAGCCGUCUACCUGGCGAACUUAAUUCUCGCACGUGCCCCCUGGUCCCCAACGCUGGAGCAUUACUCGUACUACGCGCCAGCGCAAAUCGCUGAUUGCGUAGAGGUACUUGCAGAGCUACACAUUAAGGUCAACUCGCGAGCUCAAGGGGGCGAGCUUACGGCGCUUUACGACAAGUAUAGCCACAGCAAAUUCUUGGGCGUUUCACGCGUCAGCCCUCUGCCACUGGCGGUUGUGAGUCAGCACUUGGCAAUGAUGUUGAGCGACAACACACUCAUGAGAGCAAUGGGUGGCGAGGGUGGCUCAAUGACCGCAGCGACACGAAUCGUCGUGUGGGCAGCGGAGGCCAAGGGAGCGCUGCUGUCAUCACCGUUGGCUUUGGCCGGUGAAUUCAGCUCUCCACUCCCUGGCGCUACAUUAGCUGGCGGUGUCAAAGCGAAGCUGGCCUCAGGCGACGGCAACGUCGACGGGACAUGGAAAGUGACGGCAGCUCCAUUGCCCGGCUCUGCACCUUCUUCUGACCCGGGCCCCGCCGUUGGCGAUGACGUGCGCCGUUGUGUGGCAGGACGAGUAGCGCCGCGCCCGGAAGUCGUCGGAGACGGGGAGGUUACCCUUGGGUUCGUUUGUCCCAAUGAGCUUGACCGCAGUGUUGAGCGAGAGCGUUGCUGCGCGGCCAUGGAGACCGUAGAGGACUGCAGACUUGUGCCCACAGUUCCUCGGCUGUGGGUGGUGUGGGCUGUACCAGUAGUGCUGGCAGGUCUUGCAUGGGUACCAGGCUGGGCCACGGGCUUGGGUACUGAGGACGUGACCAGAUUACCAGCAGCAGCCACCGGGGCAGCUCGGAAUGAAGCCGGGUGCGAAAUGCCGCCCUGCCAGGAUCAUUUUGUGCCGUGGUGGCAAAGGCUUAGGACAGCUGGAAUAUUCCACAUAUGA